AUGCUGCGCCUGCUAGGUGCAUUUGGCGCCCCGGCCCUGGCGAUGAUCCGAGGCGUGCCACCGGAGCUGCAGGGGCAAUACGCAAGCCAGCGCUUCAACUGUGGUGGUGCUGGUGCGAAGGAGGUGGCCAUCACGGAGGUGAACGACGAUUUCUGCGAUUGCCCUGAUGGAUCUGAUGAGCCAGGUACCGGGGCCUGUGCAGGAGCCUCCUCUCAAGCCCUUUUCCAUUGUGCAAACGCGGGCAGCGCACCACGGCUGAUCUACGUCUCAAGAGUCGGGGAUGGGAUCUGCGACUGCUGCGAUGGCUCUGACGAGGAAGCUUUGCGACGGGAGCUUUGCCCGAACACUUGCAAGGAAGAAGGCGAGCGUCUGCGAUCAGAGAGGGAACGAAAGCUGCAGGACUUGCGCGCUGGUUUGGAGGUGAAGCACGCGACCAUUACGGAGGCCCAGCAAGACGGCAUCCGGAAGCGUGAAGAGCUGGAGAGGCUCGUGGCCAAGCUUCCAGACUUGGAAGCACAGCUGGCUGAAGUGCGGAAGCGUAAGGAAGAGGCCGACGCUGCGACCUUGCAGCAGGAAUGCCAGACCGAGCUGCCAAAGCUGCGGGAGAAAGUCAAGUCCUUGGAAGCGAAGAUCGCGGCACUGGAGGCAGAGCUGGCAAAGGGUGCGGAAGGUGCGACAACGAGCACCACGACGAAAGUGGUGUCCGAAUACGCCAAGUGGAUGGAGGGAGCCGAUGCUUUGGAGGGAGAGGAGCCCGAAGACCCGGCGGACGCGGCGGAUGCGGAAGCUGCGGAGGCUGUGAAUGGCGAAGCCCACACGGAAGCUGGCAAAGCUCCUCCAAGCCCCUCCAGUGAAAGCCCGCUGGACAAGGAGUUGAAGGAUCUUGAGGUGCAGGUCAAGUCCGACCAGGCCACGCGGGACCGCUUGCAGCGCGAGCUGCAGGAGCUGCCCGAGGACAAGCUCGGUUUCGCCAGCCUCCGAGACACCUGCCUGGAGCACGCGACGGCGGAGUACACGUACAAGCUCUGCUUCUUCAAAGACGCGAAGCAGUCCUUCACCCGCCUCGGCACAUGGAGUGGCUUCGUUGGAGCCGCGGAGGCGCUCUUCAAGGAUGGGGACAUGUGCUACGGCGGCCCGGCACGCAGCCUGAAGGUGGUAUUUGAGUGUGGUGCUCAAGCGGAAGUCGUGGACGUCAGCGAGCCCUCACGGUGUACCUACCAGGCCCUGGUCCGGCACGCGGGCGCCUGCGAGGAGCAGAUGGCGCAGGAGCCGAGCCUCAAGCACCCCAAGGACGAGCUCUGA